CAGCGCUUGUCGUCGAACAACUGAACUAAACUAUUUAGAAUGAGAGAGGCAGAAGAAUAAAAGAGAGAAAAAAUUUCAUCGGUGUUUGGAAAAUUGAAUGCAGUAACAUUUUAGGUUAAAAAUUUUCAAUAAAUAAAAACGCCGAAAUUAUUGACAUUAAAAAUUGAAACAAAAUGUCAACACGAUGGUAUCCGAUUUAUCGGAAAGGAAACCCUCAAUUAAGGAUAUUUUUACCAAAUUUUUGGAUGAAAAUAGUGCCACCUCAAUAUAAACUACCGGAAAACAUCGUUGAAUUUCACGUCUCCCUUGAAAUGACCAAGUAUGAUGUAAGAAAUUAUUUAGAAAAAAUCUAUAAAAUAAAUGUCAAAGAUGUCAGAACAAGAAUUGCACUAGGAAAAUUCAAACGAGCCCAAAAUGGUGGCUAUAUUAUCAAAGAGGAUGAUUACAAAGUUGCUUAUGUUGUAUUAGAUAAAAAUGAAAAAUUCGUUUUUCCUGAAUUAUUUAAAACUGACGAGAUAGAUAAACAGGAAAGAGAUGAGAAACGUAGUAUUGACGAAAUGAAAGAAAAUUAUAAAAAAUAUUUAAAUAAAAAUAAUAAACCAGGAAUUCCAGGAUGGUUUGGUAUUUAAUAUACUUAACAUUUAAUAUCAUAUGUUGUUAUAUGAAAAAUACUUAUUUAAAGAAUAAAUUGAAAAUAAAGCUAAUGUG